AUGGCGUCGAUAGAUGUUAGAGAAGACACUUUCCCUUCUAGGUCCCGCGAGGUCUCGGGUGUUGUCAAUGGAGUCGCCACGGAGAUUACGUCCACCAACUUCGCCGACAAGGUUCUCAUCACCAUCUCUCAAGAAGGUCGACUCUCACAAUGGAUCCAAGUUCCCUUGACUGGCUCAUCGUCCGGAGUUGUCGAAAUGAACAUACCGAGCUCAAACAUGGGUCUUCUGCCCUCAACACAUCUCACACCUACAACACUUUUUGGUGGUGGAGGCGAGGAGCGCGAGACGCUGGGACAACUUUACGCAGCACAGAUCGCCAGCCAAAUAUGUCUGAGAUCACCAGAGGAUCGAAGAAUUCUUGUUCUAGGUCUCGGUCUUGCAAAAACAGAUCUUGAGCGUGAAGCUUUCUUCGACCUCUUGGAGCUUGCUCAGAAAGUAUUGUGA